GCAGGCGUCUGCAAGGGGUUCCACAGAUGUUGAUCCUGCUAAAUGGUGGGAGGUCUUUUGACAAUGUAGACACCCCAGCCUCUGCUCUCAAACAGCAGGGCAUCUUUGUGGUAGGCAUUGGAACAAGGAACUCUGACAGUAAAGAGCUGCAGAAGAUAUCAUAUGAGCCUAGUUACGCUCUGAAAGUGUCUGACUUCACCGACCUCCCUGGUGUCCAGGAGCAGCUCUCCUCUGUAAUGAGCAAAGCGCUGGUGAAGGUCGCGCCCGUGACACCAACAGAAACUGUGGUAAGAAAGCAAGGAGGAAAAGAUGUUGUGUUCUUGUUGGAUGGAUCUGAUGGCACUAGAACUGGCUUCCCAGCUGUGCGAGACUUUGUCCAAAGAGUUGUGGAGACGCUCAGUGUGGAUGACAACACAGACCGUGUCUCAGUGGUUCAGUACAGCAGAGACCCAGCUGUCCAAUUCUAUCUGAACACGUACACCACAAAAGGCGACAUCCUUGACGCUGUCAGAGUGUUGAGGCACAAGGGUGGAAGUCCCCUUAAGACUGGAGCAGCUCUCCAGUACUUGAGGGAUAAUGUCUUCACGGCCUCUGCUGGAAGCAGGCUCCCUGAACAAGUCCCACAGCUCCUGAUAUCGAUAAGUGGUGGAAGGUCUUUUGACAGUGUUGAUGCGCCAGCCUCUGCUCUCAAACAGCUGGGUGUCUUGACCUUUGCAAUUGGAACCAGGAGCGCUGAUAUCAGAGAACUGCAGAAGAUAGCCUACGAUCCCAGCUAUGCUCUCACUGUGAAUGAAUUCACUGACCUUCCAAAUGUCCAACAGCAACUUCAGUCCUCCGUGGAGGCUGUGAUUGUUGAGGUCCAACCAGAAGCACCAACUGCACCUGUCGACACUGCCAAAAAGGACAUUGUGUUCCUUCUGGAUGGUUCUAAUGGCACAAGGAAUGGUUUCCCUGCCAUGCGUGAUUUUGUAGAGAGAGUGGUGGAGAAACUAAAUGUGGGACAAGACAAAGACCGCGUCUCUCUGGUUCAAUACGGCAGAGACUCAGAGGUCCAUUUCUAUCUGAACACAUUCACCACAAAACAGGAUAUUUUGGAUGCAGUCAGAGGGCUGAGACAUAGAGGAGGUACACCCCUCAACACCGGGGCAGCCCUCCAGUAUGUCAGGGACAACGUCUUUACAAGCUCCUCCGGGAGCAGGCGUCUGCAAGGGGUUCCACAGAUGUUGAUCCUGCUAAAUGGUGGGAGGUCUUUUGACAAUGUAGACACCCCAGCCUCUGCUCUCAAACAGCAGGGCAUCUUUGUGGUAGGCAUUGGAACAAGGAACUCUGACAGUAUAGAGCUGCAGAAGAUAUCAUAUGAGCCUAGUUACGCUCUGAAAGUGUCUGACUUCACCGACCUCCCUGGUGUCCAGGAGCAGCUCUCCUCUGUAAUGAGCAAAGCGCUGGUGAAGGUCGCGCCCGUGACACCAACAGAAACUGUGGUAAGAAAGCAAGGAGGAAAAGAUGUUGUGUUCUUGUUGGAUGGAUCUGAUGGCACUAGAACUGGCUUCCCAGCUGUGCGAGACUUUGUCCAAAGAGUUGUGGAGACGCUCAGUGUGGAUGACAACACAGACCGUGUCUCAGUGGUUCAGUACAGCAGAGACCCAGCUGUCCAAUUCUAUCUGAACACGUACACCACAAAAGGCGACAUCCUUGACGCUGUCAGAGUGUUGAGGCACAAGGGUGGAAGUCCCCUUAAGACUGGAGCAGCUCUCCAGUACUUGAGGGAUAAUGUCUUCACGGCCUCUGCUGGAAGCAGGCUCCCUGAACAAGUCCCACAGCUCCUGAUAUCGAUAAGUGGUGGAAGGUCUUUUGACAGUGUUGAUGCGCCAGCCUCUGCUCUAAAACAGCUGGGUGUCUUGACCUUUGCAAUUGGAACCAGGAGCGCUGAUAUCAGAGAACUGCAGAAGAUAGCCUCCGAUCCCAGCUAUGCUCUCACUGUGAAUGAAUUCACUGACCUUCCAAAUGUCCAACAGCAACUUCAGUCCUCCGUGGAGGCUGUGAUUGUUGAGGUCCAACCAGAAGCACCAACUGCACCUGUCGACACUGCCAAAAAGGACAUUGUGUUCCUUCUGGAUGGUUCUGAUGGCACAAGGAAUGGUUUCCCUGCCAUGCGUGAUUUUGUAGAGAGAGAGGUGGAGAAACUGAAUGUGGGACAAGACAAAGACCGCGUCUCUGUGGUCCAAUACGGCAGAGACUCAGAGGUCCAUUUCUAUCUGAACACAUUCACCACAAAACAGGAUAUUUUGGAUGCUGUCAGAGGGCUGAGACAUAGAGGGGGGCACACCCCUAACACCGGGGCAGCCCUCCAGUAUGUCAGGGACAACGUCUUUACAAGCUCCUCCGGGAGCAGGCGUCUGCAAGGGGUUCCACAGAUGUUGAUCCUGCUAAAUGGUGGGAGGUCUUUUGACAAUGUAGACACCCCAGCAUCUUCUCUCAAACAGCAGGGCAUCUUUGUGGUAGGCAUUGGAACAAGGAACUCUGACAGUAUAGAGCUGCAGAAGAUAUCAUACGAGCCUAGUUACGCUCUGAAAGUGUCUGACUUCACCGACCUCCCUGGUGUCCAGGAGCAGCUCUCCUCUGUAAUGAGCAAAGCGCUGGUGAAGGUCGCGCCCGUGACACCAACAGAAACUGUGGUAAGAAAGCAAGGAGGAAAAGAUGUUGUGUUCUUGUUGGAUGGAUCUGAUGGCACUAGAACUGGCUUCCCAGCUGUGCGAGACUUUGUCCAAAGAGUUGUGGAGACGCUCAGUGUGGAUGACAACACAGACCGUGUCUCAGUGGUUCAGUACAGCAGAGACCCAGCUGUCCAAUUCUAUCUGAACACGUACACCACAAAAGGCGACAUCCUUGACGCUGUCAGAGUGUUGAGGCACAAGGGUGGAAGUCCCCUUAAGACUGGAGCAGCUCUCCAGUACUUGAGGGAUAAUGUCUUCACGGCCUCUGCUGGAAGCAGGCUCCCUGAACAAGUCCCACAGCUCCUGAUAUCGAUAAGUGGUGGAAGGUCUUUUGACAGUGUUGAUGCGCCAGCCUCUGCUCUCAAACAGCUGGGUGUCUUGACCUUUGCAAUUGGAACCAGGAGCGCUGAUAUCAGAGAACUGCAGAAGAUAGCCUACGAUCCCAGCUAUGCUCUUACUGUGAAUGAAUUCACUGACCUUCCAAAUGUCCAACAGCAACUUCAGUCCUCCGUGGAGGCUGUGAUUGUUGAGGUCCAACCAGAAGCACCAACUGCACCUGUCGACACUGCCAAAAAGGACAUUGUGUUCCUUCUGGAUGGUUCUAAUGGCACAAGGAAUGGUUUCCCUGCCAUGCGUGAUUUUGUAGAGAGAGUGGUGGAGAAACUAAUGUGGGACAAGACAAAGACCGCGUCUCUGUGGUCCAAUACGGCAGAGACUCAGAGGUCCAUUUCUAUCUGA